AUGCGUCGUGCCAGUGUACCGCUGGUAACUGUCUGUCGAUGGGUGAGAAGACGAGCCCAAGCUCCACCUCCUGCGGGCCAUAGUGGUAGAAUACUGGAUGAAGGAGCGACAUUUUCCGAUGUGCAUUCCGUGAUCCUGGAUCCCACGUCAAAAUUACCGUAUCCAGAGAAGUUGCUGAAAGAGCACGUAGAGAAAACUUCAAAAGAAUUGCUAAAGGAGAGAAACAAGGCCAGGUGA